AUGCAGGAUGGCCUCUUGAAUCCGCAAGAUGAUUCACGUCCUCGGGAUUUCACCGGAUUGGAUGACCCUCAGCUGCACCUAGUGGUGCACGAUACAUGCAAGUUGGAGAAGCUAGGAGGCAGGAAAAAUGACGGCUACGGCGCAUGGACGCUCUGCACCAAUCACCUGCGGCCAGGUGGCAUCGUGUACUCGUUUGGCAUCGGAGGCGACGUGUCGUUUGACAACGAGAUGGUGAAUCGAGGCUACAAGGUUUUUGGUUUCGACCCUACUGUUACCCUGGAUCACGUGAGCAACUUAUUUAAAAACAACCAUGAGCGCGAUCAACCCUCCGCCUUCCAAUUCUGCCAGGUUGGCAUUGGGGCUGUAGACGGCAUUAUCACCUUCUUCAGUCCCAAGAAUCCCCACUUGAAAUCUAAGACAGCUGUCAAGCAUGAGGAGCUGUCAAAGCGGUACGAGAGCCGAGGCAUGCCGGCCCCGGUUAUGCGGUUACCAACAUUCAUGUGCACAAACGGCCAUGGGUUCAUCGAUGUGUUGAAGAUAGAUGUUGAAGGGGUUGAGUUUGACAUAUGUGAUGAGUGGUUACGGAUGGACACUCCGCUCCCGGUUGGUCAAGUGUUGUUAGAGUUUCAUGAUCGGUUGUUGAAAGAUGGCAAGUUACGGAAAAAGGCGUGUCUAGAGGUUAUGGCAAGAGAGGGAUUCACGGAGGUGUACGUCAGUCCCGGAGCGGGCUCUUCUCAAGGUCGCGAGACCGCACAAUCCGCAUCAGUGUGGUUCGGGACUGUUCCGUUUCGUUCUCCGUUUCCGUUUCCAUUUCGUUCUCCGUUUCAACGUGAAAAGCUCGGCGUGAUCAUGGCGAGCGGGGUGAAUCUGACGGCGGUGACAGUCAUUGCUGCCGUCUCCGCCGUCCUCGCGGCCGGCGUCACCGCGCUGAACAUCCCUUCUGGCGUCUUUGGCCUGCACCCCAAGCCCCACGUGUUGCCAUUCUUCUGCACGUGCGACGAUGACUCAGCGCUGAUGGAGGACAGCCUGGCGCGCUGCCAGGUGGCAAGCGACUUCCUCAUCGCACUAGCCUACCUGUCCAUCCCACUCGAGCUCGCAUACUUCACGUUCAAAGCCAGGAGCUUCUCACACCGCUGGGUCAUGCUGCUCUUCAGCCUCUUCAUUGUUCUCUGUGCACCCCUCGGGCUGGGGCGGGCCUCUCCUCAGCGGGCUGGCGUGCCUGUCCUGUCCAUCCCACUCGAGCUCGCAUACUUCACGCUCAAGGCCAGAAGCUUCUCACACCGCUGGGUCAUGCUCCUGUUCAGCCUCUUCAUCGUCUUGUGUGGUACGGACACGGACACCCCUUGUUCCAUGCACUGUGAUGUGAUGUGUGCUGCUCUCCUCUUCAUUGUUCUCUGUGAUGAUGAGUGCGUGCUGCUGCCUUGGGAUUGCCGCUUCCCCCUCUUCUUCCCCUACGCGCUGCCGCUUCACUGCCGUGGCUGGAUGCAAGGCAGGGUGGCCAACCGUGGGCCCUGGCCUGGCCUGGGUCUGUCCUCCUCUUCGCACGGGUAUACCUGUCCAUCCAGCGCGAGCUUGCCUCUUCACGCUUCGCACCCGUUGCCCCCCACCGCUUGCCCCUCACCCCUGCCCCCAUCAGGUCUGACCCACCUGGUCAACGUGUGGACGUACGGGGCACACCCGAGGCAGCUGAGGAACUCAGCAAAUUCCCUCCUCCUUGCCACUCCUCUCUCCCUGCCAGGUCUGACCCACCUGGUCAACGUGUGGACGUACGGGGCACACCCGAGGCAGCUGAGGAACUCAGCAAAUUCCCUCCUCCUUGCCACUCCUCUCUCCCUGCCAGGUCUGACCCACCUGGUCAACGUGUGGACGUACGGGGCACACCCGAGGCAGCUGAGGAACUCAGCAAAUUCCCUCCUCCUUGCCACUCCUCUCUCCCUGCCAGGUCUGACCCACCUGGUCAACGUGUGGACGUACGGGGCACACCCGAGGCAGCUGAGGAACUCAGCAAAUUCCCUCCUCCUUGCCACUCCUCUCUCCCUGCCAGGUCUGACCCACCUGGUCAACGUGUGGACGUACGGGGCUCACCCGCGGCAGCUGAGGAACUCAGCAAAUUCCCUCCUCCUUGCCACUCCUCUCUCCCUGCCAGGUCUGACCCACCUGGUCAACGUGUGGACGUACGGGGCACACCCGAGGCAGCUGAGGAACUCAGCAAAUUCUCUCCUCCUUGCCACUCCUCUCUCCCUGCCAGGUCUGACCCACCUGGUCAACGUGUGGACGUACGGGGCACACCCGAGGCAGCUGAGGAACUCAGCAAAUUCCCUCCUCCUUGCCACUCCUCUCUCCCUGCUAGGUCUGACCCACCUGGUCAACGUGUGGACGUACGGGGCUCACCCGCGGCAGCUGAGGAACUCAGCAAAUUCCCUCCUCCUUGCCACUCCUCUCUCCCUGCCAGGUCUGACCCACCUGGUCAACGUGUGGACGUACGGGGCACACCCGAGGCAGCUGAGGAACUCAGCAAAUUCCCUCCUCCUUGCCACUCCUCUCUCCCUGCCAGGUCUGACCCACCUGGUCAACGUGUGGACGUACGGGGCUCACCCGCGGCAGCUGAGGAACUCAGCAAAUUCCCUCCUCCUUGCCACUCCUCUCUCCCUGCCAGGUCUGACCCACCUGGUCAACGUGUGGACGUACGGGGCACACCCGAGGCAGCUGAGGAACUCAGCAAAUUCCCUCCUCCUUGCCACUCCUCUCUCCCUGCCAGGUCUGACCCACCUGGUCAACGUGUGGACGUACGGGGCACACCCGAGGCAGCUGAGGAACUCAGCAAAUUCCCUCCUCCUUGCCACUCCUCUCUCCCUGCCAGGUCUGACCCACCUGGUCAACGUGUGGACGUACGGGGCACACCCGCGGCAGCUGAGGAACUCAGCAAAUUCCCUCCUCCUUGCCACUCCUCUCUCCCUGCCAGGUCUGACCCACCUGGUCAACGUGUGGACGUACGGGGCUCACCCGCGGCAGCUGAGGAACUCAGAAAAUUCCCUCCUCCUUGCCACUCCUCUCUCCCUGCCAGGUCUGACCCACCUGGUCAACGUGUGGACGUACGGGGCACACCCGAGGCAGCUGAGGAACUCAGCAAAUUCCCUCCUCCUUGCCACUCCUCUCUCCCUGCCAGGUCUGACCCACCUGGUCAACGUGUGGACGUACGGGGCACACCCGAGGCAGCUGAGGAACUCAGCAAAUUCCCUCCUCCUUGCCACUCCUCUCUCCCUGCCAGGUCUGACCCACCUGGUCAACGUGUGGACGUACGGGGCACACCCGAGGCAGCUGAGGAACUCAGCAAAUUCCCUCCUCCUUGCCACUCCUCUCUCCCUGCCAGGUCUGACCCACCUGGUCAACGUGUGGACGUACGGGGCACACCCGCGGCAGCUGAGUGUGGUGCAGACGGUGCUCAAGGUGCUCUGUGCCGCCGUGUCAUGGGGCACGGCCUUUGUACUCUUCACCAUCAUCCCCUCGCUCCUCAAGUUCAAGGCAACCUUUGUGCUCUUCACCAUCAUCCCCUCGCUGCUCAAGUUCAAGGCGAGUGCUUAUGCGUGUCUUUUUGAGUUGACCCAGGAGGUGCCGCUGUUGCACCCUGGGGCACUGCCUUUGUGCUCUUCGCCAUCAUCCCCUCGCUGCUCAAGUUCAAGGCGAGUGCAUUUCUUCAUCCAAGGGCAUUUUGAGUCGAGUCACAAGGUGAGUGCCACAACACCCGCGGCAGCUGAGUGUGGUGCAGACGGUGCUCAAGCCUUUGUGCUCUUCACCAUCAUCCCCUCGCUGCUCAAGUUCAAGGCAAGUGCCUGUCUCCUUCCGAGGGUGUGGUGUACAGGCUUCUUCAGGGUCCCCCUCCAUGUCCAUCUCACAUGCCUGCUUCUGGCACUUGUCAAAACUCAUGGGUCCAUCCGGCUGUCCAUCUCACGUUUCUCAUUAUCUCAUCCCCCCCGGCCCCCUCCCUUCCCCCAUGAACGCCUGGCAGGUGCGGGAGCUUUCGCUGCAGCACAAGGCUGCGCAGUUGGAUCGGGAAAUGGAUGCCAUUCGGAGAAGAGAGGAGGUGGGGCGGCAUGUGCGCAUGCUGACAUACGAGAUCCGCCAGUCGUUGGACCGACACACCAUCCUCAACACCACGCUAGUGGAGCUCGCCCAGGCGCUCAUGCUCGAGAACUGCACCGUGUGGAUGCCCGACCCUUGUGA